CGUCGACAAGACGGACACAGGUUCAACCAUCCUCUGCUCAACUUUGAUGCCAUUUGUGUGACAUGGAGCCGGACAAGGACCUAAACCCUGACACGGACGACCUUCCACUCCGAGCCAAUACCAACCACAUACUUGUCAGACAUUAUGUGCUGGACCUGACGGUUCAUUUCGACAGGAAGGUCAUCAGCGGUAGCGUCGUUCUGUUCCUGGAGCCUUGCUCUGGAUUGGGGACCGCGGCUGAGGAUGACCCUGGAGCUAAAGAGGCCGGAGUGAGUCUGCCUGGCAUUGGGUUGGCGCAGACUGCAGCCGAAGCCGGAAAUAGUCAGUCUUCACAUUCGUGGGAAACCACCAGCGACGGGGAUUUCACCUUAUUGCUGGACUGCUGUGACCUCGACGUGUCAAAGGUGGAGGAGGUGGACGUCACCUCUGUGUCGGCCACGUCUAGCCUCCUGCCAGAGGUCGCGUCCGAGAGGUCAGGUGUCAGUUCAGCGAGCCCUCAAGCAGCCUUUAUUCAGAAUCUUAUCUCCAUGCCCUCGAGCCGAUGGAGGCCGAAGCAGCGGCUCUUCUCGGCGUGCAGCCGGGCCCUUGGCGCUCAGGGUGGCAGCUCGCUUCAUUUUCACAGAGACCGAUGGAGCCUGCAGGUGAGGAAGAAAGGGGUCGCGUCACCUCAGGAGUUCCCCCGUGCUGUCAGGAUCUGCUAUGAGACGAGGCCAGCAGGAGGUUCUGUGAGGUGGACCGAAGACCAGGACAACAGGGUGUGUGUUUACACUGCCGGUUCUCCCAUCAACAACAGAGCACUCUUCCCCUGCCAGGAGCCGCCUGUUGCCAUGUCAACGUGGCAGGCAACAGUACGGGCCCCCAGUGGGUGUGUGGUUUUGAUGAGUGGGGAGGAGCCCACUGUACCCAUUGAGGACGAGGACACACGCUCCUUAAUCUGGAAUUACUACGUCACUAUGCCCAUGCCCGCCUCCACCUUCACCUUGGCAGUGGGCCACUGGCGCCAGGUCCCAUCAGAAAACCCCCCAGCAUUGGAAAGGGUCGUGAGGGACAAGACGGAUUGUGGCGAGACGGACAAACUCGGGGCCGGACCUAGGGAAUGGGCCCAGGCUGACCUUAUGUCUGGACCAAGCUCCAUCCGUGAAGUAGUAAAGGGCUCUCCAGUCAAGACUGGCAGCGGAGACCAGAUCACCCGCUCAGACUCUGCAUUCUGUUACUCGUCGCUUGAGGAUGAGGUGCUCUCUGAAACUGAUUAUUCAGGCAUGGUGAAUGACGGCAUCCCUUGUUCCCAUGGCGACUACCCUUGCCGAUUUACUGAGCAGUCGACAAGGUCCCAGCGGGUGAUUCCACACCGUGUGUUUGGACCCGACUGCUUGCUGCAGAAAGCCCAGAUGGGAGUCCUAAAGCUUUUGCCGCGAUGUUUGGCUGCAGCCCACGCCGUUCUGGGGGUCCACCCCUUUCCCCGCCUUGAUGUUCUCAUCGUUCCAGCAGGGUUCUCCAGUCUGGGCAUGGCCAGCCCCCAUGUCAUGUUCCUGUCCCAGAGUGUGCUGUGUGCUGGGAGUCUUGGUUCUGGAGAGAACGACCUGACUCUGUGCGGGUCCAGGAUCUGCCAUGAGAUUGCCCACUCCUGGUUCGGCCUGGUAAUUGGAGCCAGAGACUGGACUGAAGAAUGGAUCAGUGAGGGCUUUGCCACCUACCUGGAGGACAUUAUUUGGGCCCAAGCACAACAACUUUCCUUACAAGAGGCAGCGGAACAGUCUGACCUGAAGGCACUGCUGAGGUGGAGACGACUGUCUGAUGAGUUGCAGAACUCAGAGGAGGCACUUCAAAUCCUCAGACCUAACAUGGAGAACACUGGUCAGGUCAGUGCAUCUGGCUCCUCCACGGUUAAACAUGCCCUCAACCCUGACAAAACCUUCAUGCAAGUCCACUACCUCAAGGGUUACUUCCUCCUCCGGUUCUUGGCCAGUCAAGUGGGAGAGAAACAAUUCAUCGACUUCUUCCGAGUAUUUGUGAAGAAAUACCACGGGCAACUCAUUUUGUCUCAGGAUUUCCUGCAAAUGCUGCUGAUUACCUUUCCCGACAUGGAGAGAAAAGGCCUCACCCUCAGAGCUAUUUAUGCUGACUGGCUUGAUCGACCGGGAAUUCCAAAGUGGCUGUAUGAAAGGAGCGCCGUGUGGUCACAGGCGAGGCUGGUGGAAGAAGUCAAAGCAGAGGUUGUAAAAUGGAUUCUCCUCAGUCAGAGUCAUCAGGGGAAGGGCAGAAAACGGAAGAGAACAGAGCCCAAGGUGAACUACAAAGAGGUGACGUCGGAGCAGCUCGUGAUGCUUCUGGAGCUUCUGCUCGAAGAAGAGAAGCUGAGCGGGGCCACGUUGUGCGCUCUGCAGAGAACUUACCACCUACAGAACCAAGACGCUGAGGUGAAACAUCGCUGGUGUGAGCUGGUGAUCAAACAUGCAUACGCUGGGGCUUACGGAGAUGUGGAACACUUUCUGGUUCACGACCAAGCCAUGGGGGUGUAUCUGUACGGCGAGCUGAUGGUUCAGGAGGACCCUGAGCAGCAGGCUCUGGCCCGUCGUUGCCUCUCAUUGGUCCAGGAAGAAAUUGACCAAUCGGCACGCAGAGUGGUGGAGGAGAUGGUUCUCUGAUAUUCAAGUUUGCUGACUUCAGACGGAGAUGGUGGUCUGGUGCUCGCUCUCCUCCUCUUCCUCCUCUUCCUCUGGACGAGACCGGAGGCUCCAGAAUCACUCAGCAGUGUGAACACCAAAAGGCUUCGUUCUCACUCGACGGCCAACUGGUCGAGAGCGCCGCAGCUCUGCCCAUUCAAGUCGAAAGAAAUAACUUGUGCGUGGGAACCACUCACAAUGAGAGCUGUUCCAUUGUUUACGACAUUGUUUCUGUGACGAUUUCUUUGGGUAUUAAUGUUUUUUGGGGGAAUUUGGAAGCGAAGAGAAGGAAACGGAUGAUGAUGACGCCAGAGGGUCUUGAUGUUUUUUGUGUGUGUCCUUUUGGAUAAAAAAAGAAAAAGAAAAGAGAUACUGGGAGAUGUUCCAUGGAUCCACGUUUAGGAGCCUGGUAUCAGUUAGAUUCUCUUUGUUUAGGUGUGACUUCAUGUCCAUUUACUCUGAAGCCAUGAUGUGGUUCUUAAGAGUGAGACAGGAAAUGCUUUCAGGUCAUUCCCAUUUUUGUAACUAAUGACUUCACGCCGACCAAUAACGACCCUGGAACAUAUUAUGAAACCUCUCAGGACAUUUCUAGAGCCGUGAUGGCUGUGUGACUGCUGUGUGAACGAAUGAUAGUAGUGAACUUGUGUUUCUUUGUACAUUUUAAGUGAAGGUUAAAUUGUCUAAUGUGUGGUUUUUGAAAUGUUC